AUGGCGCUCGGUCCGGCUCUAGCUUCCUCGCCGCCGCCGUUUACCUGCUUCCUCGCGCCGCGGUUGCCCCGUGGACCGACGCUGGCGACCGCCGGGAUAAGCUUCACUGCCGCUGCAGCCGCGGCUGUGGAGUAUGAGUCCAGGUUGCGCUGCCGCUGGGGAGGUUGUUGCUUUCCCGAAGGUCGGAGAGGUUGGAGCUCUGCGGGGCUGAUUUCCGUCGGAGGGAGGCGCUUAACGCGCGCCGUCGCGAGGAGUCGUGUGAGACGGAAUGUUUUUGGUGGAGUCCGCGAUAGGAGAGACCGGAGCGGAUGUUCUCUUGUUGUGAGGGCCGGCAUGGAGCCUUCGGACAAUGGAGAGUGUGGAGGCGGGCGGAAGUUCCGAAUCCUGAGUGUUUUUGUUGGAAAGGGGUCUGGCAUUCUGGUUACUGUGGCGAUUUGGACGGUGCUUGUGAUGAGUUGUCGGUCGGUUCUCGCCGAGGAAAGCGUCUCGCAAUUGACGGUCGGUGUCUUGGGGAGAGGUGGGAUGGCGCUUAGGGAUGCGUGGCCGAAAAUUUUGCAGGUUCUCUGUGUUUUCAAGGAGCAAGGAUUGAUCUUAGCCGCUCUACUGGGGUUAUCUGCGUUUUUCUCCAUGGCAGAAACCUCUAUCACAACUCUGUGGCCGUGGAAGGUACUUCUCUACAUUAUAAAGGAAGUCACGAAAGCUAAAUCCAGUGUCAUUUAGUCACUAAUUCUUCCAUGUUCCAGUCAUCUUUUCUACUGGCCGCGUACAAAGGGCAUGCCUAUUAGCUAACUAGAAGCCACAUGAAGGUCAUGGGCAUUACCUCUUCAUCGAGCAUACUAAUUAUAGUACCUCAGUCAUUGCAACUUUCUCUUUCACAUAUUCUUCAUUUUUUAGAUGCCUAGCUUGCUCUUUGUUGUUACCUAGAAAAUAUUGAGCUCAAUCGUUUUUCUUCCAGUGAAUUAUUGAGUUUCUUCAUCAACUUCUUACCUUUAUUCAUCCUUUCUUCUUGUGGACUAAUCCUAACUCUCUUCUCUCUAUUGAGAAUUUGAGAAUUGUUCUGGCCUGUUCGUCUUCACUCCCUAACGUCAAUCCAAAAUUCUUUUUUUUCGGGGUAUCGUCCCAUUACUCCAUUAAAUACAUAGAAUGUAUAAAAUACUUGAUUCAAUUUCCAUCCUUUUAAUGAUCAGGACCAAGCUUUGAAUAUUUCGAGCGUGUGUUUAGGGUUUGGCGGUGGCUUGCUCCUCGUGCGCGGUCUUGAUGCAAAUUGGUGGUACCUAAUAUGUGUAAUACAGUCUCAAGGACCACAUGAAGGUUUUGCCUGAAUGAAGAUUUAUUUGCCCCCCAUGUGAAAUCUUGUAGGAAAGGACAAGAAAAUCAAUUGACACUUUUCAUAGCCCCCAUCUCCUAACCUGAAAGAGGAGAGAAGUAUUUUAGUCAUCAACAGCUGUCAUCAGGUUUUUAAUUAUUUUAUUAAAAAAUUGACCGGAUAAUGCCAUUAAUCUUUUGGUCGUCUACCAUUGGUAGAUAUUUUUAAAUGUAGAGCUUAAAUCAUUUAUUAUAUCUUAUAAUUAUUGGCACACUUUUAAUUAGGUGUUCAUUUGCUUAGUGAGCAGCAUCUCAUAUUUUUUAUCAGGUGCGUGAAUUGGCUGAGAAAGAGCCUGAGAACGGUGUAUUCCGAAUGCUUCGUAGUGAUGUCACUCGGUUCCUGACAACUAUUCUUAUUGGAACAACGUACGGACCUUUUGCCCCUUAUCAGUUUUCCACUGCUGUAUUUAUAUGGAUUUAGGGCUUGGGGUUUGCUUCAGAUGAAAAUGCGAACCCUUGUGUGGAAAUGAUCUGCAAUAACCUGUGGCUAUUAUUUCAACGAAGGAUCAUUUUUUUUUUUUUGCUGUGCUCUUUGAGUGUGUAGUGUGGUCAAUAUUGGUGCAACAGCUCUUGUCACAGAGGCAGCAACUACGAUUUUUGGUGAAGCAGGAAUCAGUGCUGCUACAGGGGUUAUGACGGUAUGCGAGAUGCUUUGACUUUUUGACAAUAAUUUUUUGUUUGUUUGUUAACUUGUCUUUUUCGUCCAUGAACGGAUCGAUGGUCUUCAUUCUCAAACUUACGUUGAUCAGCUGCAGCUUUCAUUUCUAAUAUGACCGAGUAACCUGAUAAUUAGGCCUUUCAUUUUUUUAAUUUCUAGCGCAAAUAGGGUAUUAAUUACUUCUUAAAAUUCUUCUAAAAACGUAUCCGUUUUUUUUGUAUUCUCGUUUUAAAACCAUCUUCUUCUACAUGCGAGGUUACUGUUUCUUGCAUUUUCCUGGCUCUUUGUAAUGCUUGAUUCGUGCUGUACUAUCCAGUUUCAAAGGAAAAUGUUCAAUCUGUUCGAAAAGAUAUCGAUUUAUGAGAUCCCUCACAGAAUUACGCAUUAUGCCUACGACAACAUUGUAAGCCUUUUCUCAAGGCUAGCGUGAAGGAAGAUGUUUGGAGACCAAGUAGAGGAUCCGAUGUCAAAAAUCUCAAGGGAGGGUGAAGGGAAUUCUGUAGCCCGUUUAUGGAGGACCUGAUGAUUGAUGCUAUUUUUUAGUUUAAUGGGGUUUACAGCCCUUGGUCAAUACGAGCUCUACUCUUCCAGAGCUCAUGGCACGUUGCUCAAGAAGAUGUAUGGAGGCUGUGACAGAUUACACUGAAGGAAAAACCCAAAUAAUGCAUCUGAAUAAGGCUUUCUAAUGUUGGCAUCACAAUGAAGAGAAUUUUCAUUUGGCAUAUGAAUGCACACGAAGAACCAAUGAGGAAUCCUACUGAUUCUUAAGGUGGGCUAUGAGAGGGUCUGCCAUAAGGAAAGGUGAGGCCACAUCUCCUAGAAGCUGGAUUCAGAUAGCUUCUGACAACCGAUGUAUCUUAACUGAUCUGAUCUUGCAUUACAGCUAUCACAUUGUUUUCUUUCGUCAAAACCUUAGUCAUCCAUCCAUUGCAAGAGAUGCCUCUGGUAAAACGAUCAUAUGUUUCCUCUCAUGUUCGGUUGCUGUAACCAAGAUGAUGAGCAGAAUGUUGCAGAGGGUAGAAGGAUUUGAGUAGAUCAGAGGUUUCUAACACAGCUGUAUUUAUAAUGUCUAUUUCACCCACCUUCUCUCUUCUGAAGUACGUUGCAAGAAGAUCGUGAGGUGAACUUCUAUCUUGGAUGCAAGUUUAUUCGUGUCCUCUGUUUCGAAUCUGAAGUCGUUUAUUCAUUGUUAAUGAACUUGUACAAUAUAAUUCCAACCCUACUUCAUACUGCUUAUGGAUUUGUCAUUUAAUUGUUCUCCUUCCUUUUCGACACUAUUUCAGGUAGCUAUUUUGCUUCUCACAGAGAUCACUCCAAAGAGUGUUGCUGUUCAUAACGCGACAGAGGUAGCAAGAUUUGUUGUAAGGUGAAUUUCAAUCUGUUUGUUCAGUGUUUAAAGGAAAAGAGAUUCAUUUAAAAAAUAAGAAAUGUCCACAAUAUUGAUUUCGCUGUUAUGUUCCUAUUGGAAUGUUACUAAUAUUAAACUCAUUUUGCAAAAUUUUCCUUGGUUCAGGCCUGUUGCAUGGCUUUCUUUGAUUCUGUAUCCUGUUGGAAGGGUUGUAACAUUUCUAUCAAUGGGUAUGCUGAAGAUUCUUGGCUUGAAAGGUAGAAGGUAAGUUACAUAUUACUCGCUCAAUUAGCUUUUACCAUCAUUUCCAAUGGGUUCUGUACGUCUUUACUUUCUUUUUUUCGUCAUCCUUAUAUUAGAUAAAGAGAAAAGAACACAUUUUUUUCAUACAUGCUUCUUAACUCAAUUGUUGAAUGGUUUCAUUUCGAUUAGGUCUUACUCAGAUGUCUGAUAUAUAAAUUAUAUCAUAGACAGACGGAAGCCACAGAAAGCCAUCAAUGUGGUAUAAACCUAAAAAAGAAACCAAUGUUAUUGCUCUUGCUGAAAUGUUGGGAAGCUUGAUGUAAAAUUCGUGUACAAUGUUUUGUACAUCAUGGCCAUAACUUUUACGGAAGAUAAAAAAUGUGUCAUUGGCAGUGAAAAUUUAUAAAUAGGUAUAUGCAAAUGCACUUCUCGUAGGUUUAUCUCAUUGGAGAAUCUCUUAUGAAGAUCCACAAUUCUUAUCCCUCACAGUUUAGUCAACCUGGUCCGUGAAGAUGGCGGAAUAGGAUCUACAAUAUAUCAACACUCCUGAAGUGUACAAUUUAUUAUAACCCCUUAAGGGCCAAUUUUAUCCUUUUACCCAUCAUGGAUUUUGCCAGGUCUUUAAACUUCUCCAUGGAUCUAUCAGUCAGAAGUUUAACAUCCGUAUUCAUGCCCUCCGAAUCGGCCAUAGUACUGCCAGGUGGAAGCGCUCCCAUCAUUCAUUCUAGAUGUCCAGUGGGAUCUUCCUUUUCAAAAGCAUUCCACCUCACUUUUCGGCCUAUAUUAAGGCCCUAAUUGUAACAUGAGGGAUACAAUUUAACUACUAUGAGUUUCUAUUUCACAUGAGCUUGUUAUUGGCUUCAGUGUAACUAAAUAAAGUACUAAGAGGGGAGCUGAAUUGAUUUUUUGUGUCAGCACACGUUGUAACUCAGUCUAUGACGUAUCCAUGUAACUCAGCCUACGAUUCUUAUCUAAGUCAUGUGAGCACGCUAGUUUCUUUCUCUCUACCACCAUAUCAGGAUAAUGGCUAGGCCAUUCGUAUUCGUCCUCUUGAUCUCUAGGAUUUACAAAGUUGACGUCUAUAGUAGCCAUGAUCGCAUGAACUUUAAUAUUUUACUCAUCUUUGGUCAGUUUAAAUGACAUUAGUGAGGUCUUAUGUAGAUUUUUCCACCAGAUGCUUGUUGUUCUGUUGAAGGGUCUUCAUCUGCAUUAAGUUUUCCCUACCAGAUUAUAAAUAAUCAUCGCUGACCCUCUUUAAGAAUUGACUCAGAGCUCUCCGUUAGAGUUUCAUCUCCAUUUGAUUGGCCAUUUAUGUGCUCCAAUAAAUGAAUCCUUGAAUAUUUAAGUAUAUCAAUUGACUGUUUUCAAAUAAAGUCUUGUGCUAGUUUUCAAAAUCAUAUUUCUUAUUAACUAAAUAAUGUCUGUUAGAGUGAUAAGCUGGCGCACAUAAUUGGUGUUCUUAUCCUUUUUCUGUUUAAAAAAUAGUGAACCAUACGUUACAGAAGAUGAAUUAAAGUUGAUGCUGAGAGGAGCAGAGUUGAGUGGGGCUAUAGAAGAGGAGGAGCAGGUGACUAGAAACUUUCCAUUGCAAAUCUCUUUUUUUGUCGUUACUAGCUUGAUUCCUUUUUAUAUCUAAGCUACUAGCGUAAUAUUAUCUAUUCACUUGAGUUUUUUAUGACCCCCCACGACCUUCUUGAUGCUCAUGAUUUUGUUGAGUACAAGAUGGUAUCUGGAAUUUAGUUUUGUUCCUGUUGGUUGUUCUCUUGCUUGAAAAUCUUAAGAACAUUGUUAUUCGGGGUGAUAUCGUCCGCGCAUCAAAACGUGGUUAUUAAAUGUGCUGAAGAAUGGUAGUUCUUAUUGACUUCUGAGGAUUAAGUAUAGUAUCGAUUUGUUGCGGUGGAUGAGGUUGUGUAAAUCCUUCCUAUGUCCUGUCAUUUUCAUUCUUUUAAUGGAAGGGUGAAUUGAAUAAUGUGACAGAACUGGAGGAAAUGGGUUUAGUGCCUCCAUGCUUCUCAUGGAGGCAAGAAACGGGAAAGAGCUGAUGUUGCUUUCACUAAGAAAACAUUUUGGUAGAUAUAAAUUGACUUUAUGUAUUAGUCUAUUAUUCCUGUGGAUACAAUUACUUUCUUUCCUCUGUGCAGAGAUGUUUCAGUUUUCCAUCUGUCUAUAACUGAUAUAGACACCAUCGUCUUCUUUUAAACUCUAAAGAUUUUGCCACUCUUGUGCAAUUAUAAAACUCAAUAAGCAUGACAUCUUUAGUCAUAUCGUGUUUAGCUUGUGUAUUUAAUAGGUGGAACUUAUGGUUAAGGCUGAGAUCCAUCUCUUGCAAGUUUAGGAUUCUCACUAUAAUGGUUGACACAUUUUUGUAAUGUCGGAGGAUGAAAUUUCGUGUUUCCUUUUUUUUUCACCAAAGGGCUCCAGUCUUGGAUUUUAAUCCAAACAAUAAAGAAGGAACCUAAACAAGGCUCUUUAUGCAUGACAUUACUGUCACAGGAUUUGAGACAAAUGCACUCGUGUGACCGAUUUUUGUACCUUCUGUGAAGUUUUUUCGCAUAGUAAAUCACGGGGCCCGCUUCUUUAUAUUCACUUCAGAUAUCUCUUGCUUUGGUUUACUUUGAAAUAAUGGCUUUGGCGAUGUACAUGUGGUACAAGUCAUGCUAAUAAGAAAGUUUCCAUAUUCCAAUAUGAAUGAAUGAAGUGUUGCACAAAGGUUUCCCUUGAAUUUGAAAUGUUAUCACAUUUUAUUGUCGAGUCAGACUUGCUCAAAUCAUGUGACAGUAAUGUCAUGCAUAAGGAAAUUUGUGAUAGUUGAAUGUGGAUGCUCACUUGAUAGCACUGUGAAAGAAUUAUUAUUGCUGACAUUCAGUUUUGAGGUGGUUCUUUCACAUUCUUGAGGUGUUUUUUUGUUUUUCCCUGUAUAAUCAAGUAUCUUCUUUCCGUGGCAUCUGAAAGACACUUUCAUGGUUAUAGCACGUCAUGUUUAAGAUGCUUUGAUAUGGCAUUUACAUUGUUUGAACUGACUUGGAAAAAACAUAAAAUAGCUGCUUAUGGAUGAGAACCAGAAGGGGUUGCUAGGAGUUUGAUAGAAUUCAUUAAAGAUGUUUAUCGUGCAGCAGCGGAGGUUGAUUGAUACAGAUAAGACUUUUUACUGUGGUGAAGAUAGCCUUUGAUAAAGUUCAAUUCUGUUAUUUAUCCAAAGGGGAUAUUAAUAUCCAGAAAAUUUGAUCUAUGCUUCAUAGAACAUUGAAUACUGAUAUUCAAGGUUAGCUGUAUGGUGUUCGUUGUUUUUCUUCUUUGCUGGGUGUUUAAAUAAGGUCUAUUUUUGUGUAUUUUGAUGUUGACUAUUCUAUUUUUUAUCAGCAAGUAAAUUGUGUUUGCUAAAGAAAAUUUCUGGUGAAAUCUUUGCUUAGUUUGAGCAAUCAAUGAAAGUGAACUCACAGGGAGACUUUUGUAUGUAUAUGAGGUGGAAUCCACUAUUCACAGAACGUGAUUGCCCAUUUACUGUGAGGUUGUCCUUGAAUUUUAAUUAGUGACACUCCUGCGUGUACACCUCUCUUCUACCUCCUUUUACUAGUGUGAUCGACGGCAGGGAGAGAUGUUCAAAUGAGUGAUGAAAUGAAGCAAAUUCUGAUCAGUUAUCUCUUUUUUUGGCAGGAUAUGAUUGAAAACGUACUAGAGAUAAAAGAUACACACGUUAGGGAGGUGAUGACACCUUUGGUUGAUGUAGUUGCAAUUGAUUCUGGUGCUAAGCUCAUUGAUUUCCAACAAUUAUGGGUAACUCAUCAGUACUCGAGGUUUGUAAAAAUUCAUAUAUUGAUGUUAAUAUUUGCUAUUAUUACUAGACUUUGCUUUGAUUGGAGAUUUGUAGAAAUUCACAUACUGGUUUUCGUAUUUAUUUUUAUUACUGAACUUUGGUUUGAAGAUGAUGUCGUUCUACCAGGGUACCUGUAUUUGAGCAGCGUGUUGAUAAUAUUGUAGGUAUUGCAUAUGCAAUGGAUAUGCUGGAAUAUGUUGAGAAGGUAUGUUAAACUUGGAUCAUUCUCGUUUAUGUUCCUCUGAGAAAUGUUCAGAUUGUGGCGGUGAAUUCUUGUUUCUUAUAAAGGUCGAUCAACUACAAGAAUCAACUGUGGGAGAUAUUGCACACAAGCCUACAUAUUUUGUGCCAGGUAAUUCUAACGAAGAGCCACUUGUUUAAAUUGAUCGGUUGGCUGUCUAUAGCAGAUGAUUUAAUGUUUCCAAAAAGAAUAGUGGAAAGGGAAAGCAGAAAGUACCGAAUAGAAUGUUGGAAGGCCACAUGAAAAAUGAUCCGCACUUGGAAAGCUCGACAUUAAUAAUGACCAUGAAUGAUUAGAUAAGGUUAAGAAACAGUUUUCUCAGCGUGAAAGAGCAAUGAAUGACUGAUUAGCAUGUCGUUGGUGUGCAUAAUAUCUUGCUCCAGCAAACCCAAUGACUUGCAUCUUGGGGAAUGAGGAGAGUCAUAAAGUGAGCAAUUGUGUUAAAUAAGAAGAAACAGUAAAAACUAAUCACCCAUUACGAUUUGCUGUUCAUGGACUACGACAGAUAACGGAAGACAGCUACGAUGAAAAUUUGUAUAUUUUUUUGAGGAUGGGAAAAAAGAGGGCAUAAGACAGCUCAAAUUAGUUUACGUUACACCAUUCUGGUUAAGCUUAAGUUCCUAUUUUUGCUGUAAAACAUAAAUAACUAAACCCUGAUAAGAGAUAUCUGUGCGAGCUCUUUUAUCAGGGUCAGACGACAAAGUGAGACUUCCUGACUCCGUUUAGAUGCUUCUAAAACGUGAUAUGAAAUAGCAAUUAAUUAGGUUCCAUUGUACAAAUGUAUCUCCUUCUGCAAUAUCAGUGGUGAAAUAUAAGUUCCUCUAUUUUGGUAUAGCGAUAUGAGGUCGUAUUUUUUGUGGUUAAGACAAUAGUCUGUAACUAAUCUGAAAUGCUUUCGUGUUUACAAUGUUUUUCGAAUCAUAAAUUAUUUUAAAUUUUUUAUUUUUGGGCCUUGCAGACUCAAUGUCAGUCUGGAAUCUACUCAGAGAGUUUCGGAUAAGGAAGGUUCAUAUGGCUGUUGUUCUGAACGAAUACGGUGGAACUGUUGGUGUAAGUUUUCUUGCUAGUUACUAUGUGAAAUGUGGCUACAUUGCUGAUUCUUUGGUUUUCGUGCAUUGAAGUAUCUGAUUCCUUUUUUAAAAGUUUAUCAGUCCUCCACGCAGAUUUAUAUGAGAAAGUUCGUGCUUUCUUUUUCUGUCACUAGGCUUAUUUUAAAACCCACGGUGUCAAAUUCUUUGGAUAUUGUGAAAUGUCUAAGGUCAGGUUUGCUGACACCCAUGGUUUAACUAAAUCAUUCAAAAGUGAGGGAGCAGGUUCCAUUUCGUCAAAAAAUGUAUGACAUGCUUGUUCCUUCUAUUUUGCUUGUGCGUGUACAUAUUCAAAGCCGACUUCCAAUGUGAACUUAAGUCUAUAUAAUUUUAUCAAAUUUGACAUCUCAAUUUCCUUGUCGAACUUUUUAUGUGUGCCUGACUUCUUGCUGGCCUUGUUAUGUAGACAACAUUAGUGUGACAGACAGUAGAUGAAAAUUAGUGCUCCUGUACUGUUUAGAAGAAUUAAGCCUUCCAUAUCAAAACCAAUCAAUAACGAGUAGCGUAGGGGCAUACAUUUAUUUUUACUGAAGACUUUAACUGACCCUUUCAAUGUGUGACUAUGCUAAAGCCUUCGACAUUUCUUUUUUUCCGAGGCUCGUAACAAUCCAAUCUGUGUUGAUUAAAUUAGAGUGUGCAGAAAGAGCUGCAUUGGCUGAAAAAUACCGUCACCAUGGUGAUGAAGCCGGAGCCAUCAUUGGCAUUCUCUAGAAUAAUCAGGUCUUGUCUAGGCCCUGUCUACCAUACUGAGUUCCUUGAUUUGUUUGGGAAAGCCCUUUUUAUGUUAUUCGAAAGUGUUGUCCGAGCCUAAGUGGGAACACAAAUUGAUUGCAUUUGUCAAUGUGGAAGUCUUGGUUGCCCCAUCUGUAGAAUUAUCUGGUUCUACAGAUCUGGUUUUAGAGAUAUGCUACAUAAGUAUUCAGCUCCAUCCCUUCCAUUUUGCUCAACUAUGCACUGAAGACCAUGCAGACAUCUUGAAUCCACGAUUCAUCUUCGAAUGAAAUAAAAAACGAUUGAUGCCUCUAUUGCAUGUAUGGGAGGAUAAAAAAAGGUUGAACAAGAUAAAAAUUGGUCACAAGAAGGACGCCACUGUAAAAGCUGAUAGCCAUAACCUCAGUGCAUUUGCUCAUCCGCUUGACAGAGGAGCGAUAUUGUGUCUUUCUCUGCCUGUCAUAUUGAUCUCCUGAUAUGGCUGCCUGCUGCUGCCCUACUCUCGUGCAAAUCACCUUGCAACAAGGGCUAUAUAUCUAUCAUCUUCGUGCUUAAGUAAUAUUUUCCCUGUUUCUAAAUACUUUUCAGUUUGAAACAGCUCCCUAGAGGUAUCAGAUGAAUGCAUGUGCACCGUUCGUAAGGAGAUCGAAAACUAAUGCUAAAUUUGAAUUCCUUUUAGAUGAAAAUUUACUUUUAUAAUACGCUUCAAGUUUUUCAUUCUAGUGUCUGCUCGUACAUGUGCUAAAAGAUACGCCUGUUUUGCAAUUCAGGUUACCUUAUUGUUUUCUAAGCGUUCACCACAUUGUCAACUAUUAUCAUUCUUCAUGUCCUUUGAGUUGUAUUUUCCCACAAUAUAUGGACAAAAAUGUAACUGCUGAAUGCUUUCGGCAUACAAUCUCACAUUUUUUCCUGGAACUUUUUUACUGGAACAGAUUGUGACGUUAGAAGAUGUUGUUGAGGAAAUUGUUGGCGAAAUCUUUGAUGAAAAUGAUUCAAAGGUAAGUUUGUCCAGGAGUUGUAUCAUUAUAUGGGUUCCUUUUAUUGCUUAACAGUUAAUUGUACUUCUCCCUCUAGCAUUCUAAGAUGGUCAGCAGUCUACUGCGAAGAUUAUCUUAGAAAGAGUCAGUGGGUUCUGAUGUACUCUGAAGCUUAGUAGAAAUUACUUGGGAUCUUCAUAUUUGACGGGAAAACUAUCUGGAAAAACUAUUUUUUUUGCGUUACAAGAUAAUUCCUUCCUCACAUCGUGCAUGCGUGUGUGUUAGGGUGAGAGGGGGGAUGAAAACAUGCGCUUUUGUUGCAGUAUUUUUUUAUAUUCCGGUGACCUUGGUUGCAGUGUUUCCCGGGGUGGCUGUGGUUAAAACUGUACAGCUUCAUUCCCUUUCAGCUUAACUAAUCUUAUGCCUUGAUAUAACAGGAAGAGAUCCAGAAGAAAACUGGUGAUAUUGUGAUGCUAGAUGACGGAUCAUUCCGUGUGGAUGCAAACACAUCUAUUGAUCAACUCUCGGAUGAGCUGAACGUUAAAAUACCUGAAGUGAGUUCUCUAUUUAGAAUUUCAUUUCAGACUCCCAGUAUAGCCUCUGUUUCCGUUGUUCUUACUGUCCCUUGAGAGAUUCUGGAACUUUUAUGGCACUUCAUUUAUAGCAUGGUUCGCUGACUUGUUUUUCUGCGACUUCCAUCUCCAAUAUCGGAUCAGUUACACUAGUUAAAGAGAAAUAAUUAUUAUACUAAGGUUUUCAUCAAAUGCGCCGGUGUCAGAACCGAAGUCGGUCUAAAUAAUUUCGUAUUGCGACCAGGUUCUUAAAAAUAGGACUAGCUUUUUCCAGCUCAAGGCCUUCAUAUGCCACCCACCCGCCUGACUUGACUUAUCCUAAAGAUCAAACGUGGGAUUCUUCUCUCAUGCACCUGACAUGUCUUAUCUUUCGAAUCGAGCUCCUGUGAUGUCCUUUCUCGUCGAUGGUUUCAUUAGAUCCCAGUAACUGAGGCGAUGAAACUGAGAUGGCGCUGUGUAAAUAAAUGCCUUGUGUGGGUUAUCCAGGGUCAUCAGUAUGAGACUGUAUCCGGUUUCAUCUGCGAGACAUAUGGCUGCAUCCCCAACACGGGUGAUAAGAUCCAGGUGGUUCUCGAGAGGACAGAGAGAGAAGAAAACGACGACUAUGCCAAGAACGAAUCCGAUCAGCAAGAUGAGAGAGAAAAGAGCCAGACCUUCGAACUCGAGGUAUGUGCCAUUUAUGUGUUGCUUAGACGGAUAUAUAUAUAUGUUUUACAUAUUCUUCAAUCUGGGAGAGAAAAAUACGCCAUCAAUUCAUCUUCGCGCGGUUCUGCUCUGCAGAUUCUUGAAGCGAAUGCGAGGAAGGUGGGCAUGGUGAUGUUCAGACCGGUGGGGAAUGAGAGUGUGGGGACGGAGACCAAGGGGAUGAACCGCAUCCUAUCGACCAAGGUCGUGAAGAGAAAGAAACGCGGCGGCGGCGAUGCGGCGGAGGCUGUUGACUGUAGUGAGAUCCCUCCCGAGGAGCGAUCCGAAUAUGAGUGCGACGAGGAAGCGACCUCGGAGGUGACAUCGGAGGCCGACUCCAACUGCUAUGUGAUUGAACACGAUAAAGACUACGAAAAUACCAAUCCACAGUAG